UUUUGGCGGCGAUAACACAAAAAAUCAAACGCUGCUUCUUUCGCUAAAUUAUUUCAUUAAAUUUGUUUAAAUAUUUAAGAUUUUUCGUAUAAUCAAUUAAUUAAAUCAUUUGAACUGAGUAACCAGAAGUAUAAUGGAAAAUUUUACACUCAGCUAUCGUGAAGUUAUUCCUGAUUUAUCAGCCGAAGAAGAUUGGAAUGAAAUCACAUUGAAUACAGGAGCAACACAAAGCACUCUACAAGAUAUCAAAGUCGCCGAAAAAGCCGGAGGCUUUUGCUACAAAAAUGCAACAAAUAAUCACAUUCGCAAUCGUUUUAUUUACUGGCGAACAUACCAGGACAUUUUAGAAUUAUCCGAAGUUAGUUUAGAUUUUAAUCUCUACCAAAGCAACGUUCGCUACAAAUUCACCGAUUCGCCAGUACUUUCAUUGACCAUUACCGAGUUGGAAGACUCAAUUGUUAUUCUUGUUACAACUGUUUGUAGUUUGCAUCGCAUCAAGUUCUCCCAUCCGAAUGUUUUGGCUGGAAAACAUGAAAUAUCCGAUACACAAUCAUUUUCGAUAUUUCGUGAUGCUAGCACAAAUGCAGCUCGUGAUCCUUCUACGUUUUAUGUUAUUGGACAAAAUACAUCAUCAACAAAUCCAGUUCCACAUGCAGCAGCAAGUUUUCUUUCUCCAAAUGGCGAGGAGGCUUACUUCGCUUUGGCAUACCAAAAUCAACUCACUUUGUAUCUGAUGAAUUGUCACUCAGGACAGACAUUAGUUCAUAUUCUCAAGGAGCACUAUAUUAUGCCAAGAUUAUUUUCAAAUUUAAAAGGAGCUCUGAUUGGCAAAUCAAACUCUUCCGAUGCAGAGUAUGCCAAUUCUUUGGUUUUUACUCACAUCAAUGGACACAUCUUUCUUGUUGCUCUUUAUCGAGAUGAUCAACUUAGAAUGUGGUCGACAACUUCAUUGCAGAAUGUGUGUUCGAUUAGUUGCAUUCGGGAAGGAGCUGAAUCGAGAAUGCAAGGACCUCAAACAAACGCCCUCCGCAAAAUCAACGAUACAACAUUGUGUGCAUUCCUCUCCCAUUCAAUGGGAUCCGAAUUUGUAUGCAUCGAGAUAAAUUCCGAUGGUGCCUCCCAAUACUAUCUUACCCGCAAGAAAAUCAUUUCUGCACCUCAAUCCGAUUUGGCUGACUUUGAUGCAUCUGAGUCAAGAAUCUGGGCCCUGUGGUGUAAUGCUGAAGGUGAAUUCAGUAUAUCGAAUUUCUGUCUACAACGUGGUACUGGCAUCAAUUGGGUAUCGGCAGCAAUGGAACCACCACCAGAUCGUUAUUGUGUCGGUGUCGAACAAGGAAUGGAUCCACGUGAAGCUUAUUGCUCAUAUGUUUUUCGAAAAUUUGAAAGACAAGUCGUCACAAAGGCUCUUUUUAUGUUCCGUCGAUCGAGUGUUCGUUUUGAUUCCAAACUCUCUAUUAUCGCUCUUAAAGAACAAGUUUGUCAAGCUGUCGAAGAUGAAAUUCAAAAUGAAGUCAAAGAUUUUGAUAUAAGCGAUGAUGAGUAUUUAGAAAUCUCGACACGUCUAUGGGAACGUUUCUAUUCUUGUUGUGAACAAUAUCACAUCAAAGCUUGUCAGCCAAUUGGUCUUUUGAUUCUUGAUCCUAUCGAUGCUUUGUGUAUUGUCAAAAAGAAUACAUUUUCAAUGCUUCGACCAUGUGAGACACUCGAACAUCUAAUGGUAUCGGGUGAUAGUGUUGAAAUGGAUAAUGUUAUUGCUGUUCAUUUUGCUGGCAACGAACAAGUCGGAGAGGAUCUAGUUAAUUUGGUAGCUAUGUUGGCACAAAUUGAACAGUGGCUUCCUGAAGAUGUCAAAAUGGAUUUGGAUAAGAAAUUGUAUCAAUUGGAAAUGCCUAAUGUGCUUAUGGGAAAACUAGUCGAUGAAAUUCUAGCUGGCGAUCAGGACAGAGAGAUUCUACCCAACAACUUUAUAGUAACUAUUCGACAGAAAAUUCAAGCCAUAAGCGAUUUACGAACACCAAUGGCUAUGCUGUUGGACAAUCUACGCAUGGAUAAUGGAAGCCCUGAAAGCAUGCAAACUCACUCAGGUCUGACACAAUCAUCUCGUUUCCUCUUGUCUAUCGGUGGGCUCUUUGGUAGUCAUAUUGGAAUUUCUGUCUUAUCCGAAUCUGUUCGUCAAAUGUCUUUGAUUAGCUUUGCCUUGUGUCGCAAUUUACUGAUCUUGCAACAAAUUCUAAUUGAUACUUGCUCCUUAUCGCCAGAUAUUCUCGAAACUAUUCGUUCUCAAUUUAUGCCCGAUACUGUUAUAUUCCUUCAAUCCUACUACGUAAUGGUUUGGAUUUGUGAAACACCUGUUAAUCUUGCUGCAUGUUCAACAUUGGAUAGUAGUAUUCAGCGUUUGAAUAUGUUGCAAUUUACCAAUGGAAGUCCUAAAAUCUUUCUCAAUGGUGGCAAAAAUCAUUCAGCUCCAUUAUUACGAAUCUUCCUCAGCUCAAAAGGUCUAUACACAGCUUUGGCUCUGUAUGGGGAAGGAUGUAAGACUUUGAAAUGUCCACAAUGGCAACAAACUUUGAUUCCUCUUGUCAGAAUUAUAAGUCAGCUUAUCUGGGCAGUUUCUUUUAACUUUACAUUCGGAGAAUGGCUAUUCAGCACUUGUCAGCACAUUAUUGUUGAAGACUAUGUCCGUCUUUUGAACAGUUGGUGUGAAUGGAAUGUUUGUUCAAGACAAUUUAUCUUGGCAGUAUCACUGUUGGACAAUGGAGAAACCCACAAAGCCUAUGAUCUAUUUCUUCAAAGCGCUAAAGGAGUCCUUACAGAACAAUUCAUGAGGGAGAAAAUUCUCAAAAGCACCGAUGAGGAAUUAACCCAUAACCAGGCAAUCGCUCGUUAUUAUCUUAAAGUCAUUCAACUAUUCGAACAGCACAAUGCAUUGGAUCAUAUAAUAUCCAUGGCACAAGUUGCGAUUGGAAUUCUUGACAAAAAUGAUCCUCAAUUGCCAAUGUUCCAAUCGAUUGUCUUUAACAACCAUCUCAUACUUGAGCACUACGAAGAAGCAUAUCAUUCGUUGAUCUACAAUGCCGAGCUGUCGAGAAGAAAAGACUGUCUUCGGCAAUUGGUGGUGACAUUGUUCAAUAAGAAACGUUUGGAUCUACUCAUGCAUUUCCCAUAUGUUGGAUUACAUGAUGAAUUUGAAAAUAUUGUAGAAUCCAGAGCUAGAUCGCUGGCCAUCGAUGAUAAUGAGAUUUAUGACUUUUUGUAUGCUUUCCAUGUGAACAAUGGCAAUAUGCGAAAAGCUUCCUCGGUAAUGUACGAACAGGCUAUGCGGCUGCAUUUGGAAAGUGAUUCCAUAGAGGCAAUGAAGAAACGUUGUUCGUGUCUUCUUGUUUGUAUAAAUUCAUUGCAUCUUAUUGAUACUCGAUACAGAUGGAUUGCAAAGCCAGUUAUAGGCGAUGAGUAUGCCAGUAACUCUAUCGCAAACGAGAAUAUGGAAACUGAUGAGGCAAUUGGCAAAGAACAAGUUGUUGUAUUAGAAAUCAAAGAUAUUCGCAAAGAACUCCUUCAAACCGAAUCAUUGAUUGUUCUCUCAGAACAUCGUAAAGAUCUUGGGGCAUUCCUGCAUGCAGGUUCUCAAGAAUUAAUUGUUAUUCUAGCAAAUAGUGGACUAUUUACUCCAGCUCUUAAAUUAGCCAAAGGAUUUGGUCAUAGUGUGUUGCCGGUAUUUGAUAGCUUGACAGCAGCUUGUGUUCGAACUGCAGAUGAGAAUCCAAAUGAUGCAUGGUCAUGGUUGCAGGAAAAUGAUUUAGCUGAUCUUCCACAUAGAAGUAGUGCAGCUGAUAUGGCAUGGUCUUUGUUACAAAAAUUGGUAGAAGAUAAUGAAGAAGAAGACUCAACAUUGAUCCGAAAGAGUGUUGUAAAUAAACUUUUGAGUUUGAAUGCUUUUGUUCCGCAGUGGUUGUAUUCGGCUUAUAAGGCUGCAAAUUCUUCCGAACUUCUUCGUCUAUUCGUCAAUCACAGUCGUUUGCUAGAAGCAACUGAACUAGCAAAAGAAAUAACAUGGGCAAUGCUCGGAGCAGGUAGUGAAUACUUUGAUUUCAAACGACCAAUAGCAGUAACCAAUCGUGAGAUGUGUCUACCAUUACAAUCCCUCGAUCUUCUCUUGCACGGACUCAAAUUGAAUUCCGACUUGGAUGUUGAAUACAAACAAGCUCAUACCGAACUUGAUGAACUUAUACAAACUUAUAUCAAUACCGCAGUGCGAACAUCGGAUGAUAAAAUUCAAAUGGCUUAUCAAAUGGAACGAGAUCGUCAGAAGCAGAGAUAUUAAAUUUUGAAUAAAUAAAAAGUCAAUUCAUUUUUACAGUUACUCGAA